ACAGCUGGCAGCUCGGCAUAGCAUAUGCCAACUCCACCAGACGACAGCGAAUAUAAACUGGAUGGAUAAUCCUGAAAGUGUUCAUCCCCUGUCCCCCUCAUCAUUUCAGAACCUACUCAAAUCGUACUGGCAACUAUGGCGAACUUUCAAGCUUCUUAUGAAUACCAACCUAAGGGCAUGAUCUUCAGAAACCUUGGGUCAAGCGGUCUGCGCGUCCCCGUCUUUUCGCUGGGCGGCUGGCUCACAUACGGUGGUACCGUUAAGGGCGAUCCCGUGAAGGAGGUGAUGAAAGCCGCCUUCGAGGCCGGGAUCAACAUGUUUGACACGGCGGAAGGGUACGAAGCCGGGGAGUGUGAGCGUGAAAUGGGUCGGGUAAUCAAAGAGUGCGGUUGGAGGCGCACGGACUUGAUCAUCUCCACCAAGAUAUUCUUUGGUGUGAGGAGGCAAGGACCAAAUGAUAAGGGCCUGAGUAGGAAGCACUUGAUUGAAGGACUUACUGAGUCUCUGGAGCGUUUGAGGAUGGACUAUGUGGAUAUCGUCUUUGCCCAUCGUCCUGACGUCACUGUUCCAAUGGAAGAGGUUGUUCGGGCAUUCAACUAUCUGAUCAACACGGGAAAAGCGUUCUAUUGGGGAACAUCAGAGUGGUCUGCUGCGCAAAUCGAGGAAGCCUUUGCUAUCGCCAACAAACUCAAGCUCAUCCCUCCCAUUGCCGAUCAAUGUCAGUACAACGCCUUCCAUCGUUCGCGGUUUGAGGCCGAGUACGACUCCCUCUAUCGGAAGUACAACUAUGGCACGACGGUAUUUUCUGCUCUCGCAUCUGGUAUCCUCACCGGCAAGUACAACCAUGGAAUCCCUAAGGACUCGCGUUUCACCACCAAUGCCGACUUCUUUAAGAAUACCAUCGAGCAGCUGCGCAAGCCCGAGGGACAGCAGAAAAUUCAAAAAGUCAGGGAGCUUACGAAGAUCGUCAAAGAGUAUUUUAACGCUACUCCGGGCCAGCUGGCGCUAGCAUGGGUCGCGAAGAAUCCGAACACAAGCACCAUCAUUCUGGGAGCUUCCAGACCGGAACAGGCGUACGACAACCUGAAGGCGCUCGAAAUCCUACCUAAACUGACAAAUGAAAUCUACGAGCAGAUCAAUCGCAUUUUGGACAAUGCUCCACCAGCUGAGCCUCACUAUGGGAGAGGGACCCGGCAUGCUCUUUUGUGA